AUGUCCGCAAGGGGACUUCGGCUGAUGACCCUUGUAGACGUAAGAGUAGGCCUUCUCUUGCAGAACGCUCGACAAAUCUUAAAUAUUGUCCGCGGCGCUUUCCCCAGACUAUCAUUCAGCGAAGCCGAAACGCUGGAUGACUGUACUUUGGCAAUGUCCGCUGGAGAGACGCUGAGCUGUCUUUGGUUCGACGCAGCAAGCCUAGUAGAUGUUCCCAGUCACAUCGACACGGCUGCAGCGCUGCAUGCGUUGACAAGGUUCUCCAAACACGCUCAAGAUGUCAUGAGCAGCACUGCGAGUAACUACAAUCUGUCGAGACUCGGUAUUGGUAUUGGUCUAGCCGCACUGGCAACGGUUGCAGGGACAGCGACUGUCUCUACAGCCUUGCUCGAAACCCAAGCGACCGGACUGUGGAUCUCACUCGUUUUCACUGCAUAUGGAAUCAUGAUGUUUGCAACCAGCUACGUUGAAGAAGAACAGCACUUCUGGUACUGGGCUUCUUCCAGCUGGCUUGGAUGGCUGCUUUUGAAACGGCGCAAUGCUGCGACGCUGCCAGGCUCGUGGGAGCUCUGGUUUGCAGCUUCGCUGCUGGUACUAUUGCGAAUCGUUCGCGCCUGGAAUCAGACAGGUCAAAAGCAUGCCGGGGAGCCAGACAUCGCAAGAACUUUCCUCCCAGCACACAACAUAUUACUGUGGCUUCUUGUGCUCGUAACAUAUCUUGAUGUUAUCCAACGCCUCUCGAGGAGGGCCUUACCAUGGGCCUCUCGCCACCUCGCUACAGCAGCUUCCCUAGCUUUAGGCAUUGCAGCACUGGGAUUCAAAGUUGCGUUUACGAAAGCUGAUGCUCCAGAACUCCUCGAAGGCCUCGGAUAUCUUUGUGUAAGACCUUUCGAACAGGCAUCGUUAGUAGCUCAGGCAAGAGCCAUAUUCACAGGUAUUGCUAUCAUGACGGUGCUGACCAGCUUUCCUGCGGUAUACCAAAGGGUACGGGGAGGGCGAGAAAGCAAAGAUAUCUCGCGGCCUGUCCACGACCUCUUCACACUUUUUUUCCUCACCCAAUCCCGAGCCACCAACGUCCCCCUUUUUCUUUUGUUCGAAGUUCAAUACCAAGCGCUGGAUUCCCUUCGACUCUCGGGUAUCGAUUUGACAUUGACAUCUCUGCUUUUUCAACACGUAUCAUUCUUUGCCUUUGGCGGCUCGAACGCCAUCUCCUCGAUUGAUCUUUCCAACGCUUACAACGGUAUCGAUGGAUACAACGUAGUGGCUGUGGGUGUGUUGACUUUCUGCGGUAAUUGGGCGGGUCCCUUGUGGUGGACGUCCGCAACAGCGCUGCUUUUGUCCAGGCGAGAUAAGCAGCAUCAGAAAUGGAUUCGGCAUCUGUCCUUGCUCUCUACUUUUGUCUCGAGUAGCCUUCUGUUUGUAAUGCUUGCAUGUACAGCUUUGCGAGCGCAUUUGUUCAUCUGGACGGUCUUUUCGCCCAAGUAUCUCUACAGCAUAGCGUGGAGCAUGGGGCAACAUCUCUGUAUUAAUAUUGGCUAUGGUAGCCUGCUUUUCUGGAUAAGCUCCUGGCAGAUUGGAGCUCAAUAA